UGGCCUCACCCUCACCCCCUAUAAAAGCACCUCCCUGAGGUACCGCCGCCAUUUUGAAGCCAUGACCGUGCCGAUGGCGGCCGCGGCCGCCGCUACCGCAGCGUGUCCGGGCCGGGGCUGGAGCCCCCGGGGGGGGUUCCCCGGUACCGAGGCCCCUUCCCCACCGCGUUACUUCACCUUCGAGCCCCCCAUGGGGCCCUGCUGCCCCCCCAGGCCCCGGCGGAAGCACCGGAGGGUCCUGUACCCACCUGCGGUCCGUCGCCCUCUCCCUAUGGAAGAGCCCAACGCUGCCAAGAGGCUCCUGGUGCUGCUGUUGGCCGUGGUGAGCGCCCAAGUGUACAACACCCCCGGGGAGGUGAUGACCCCCGACGUGGUUCCAUCCGGCCCAGGGACACCGGCACCAACACCCAUUCAACCUCCUGGGACACCCAAUGGGACGUGGCCAACACCUUCUAUGGGCGCUUCCUGCCCCUUGGGGGGGGCUGCUCUCACCCAGUUUGCACCCCAUUGAUGGGGGGCACCCUGAGACUCUCACCCAGCACCCAAACUGUGCCAUAAUAAAGGGGGGGGCCCAUCACUGUGGCCUCAGGCCUGGACCCAAUCCCCCCCCCAUGCACUCCAAAGAGAGACAUUCAGCACCCAUGGGUACCCCUACCUCUUUUCCCCCUUUGGGGGCUGCCUUUAGCACCCAUGGGUGCUCUUCGCUCACCUCAUCCUCACCUCUUAUUUAUUGUAUUUAUAUUAAUUUAAUGAUUUAUUUAAUUAGGGGGGGUAUUUAAUGGGGUAUUUAAUAAUGAAUGGUAUUUAUGAUGCUAUUGG